UCCAAAUUCCAGCUCAGUUCCGCGGAGCACCGAACAAGGCAGGCGGGCGGCAGGAGGGCGAGCAGAGCCAAGCCGGAAGCGGGGAAGCCUCCAAACCCCGGGCGAUUCGGCCGAAGCGCCCCCCGCGUCGCCGUCGCCCUCGUUCGCUUCGUCUCCCUUAGCUGGGAGCUCUUUUAUAUACCGGCGCCGCGCGGGGACGGGCUCCCUCCGUGCGCGGAGGCGGCGGCGGCGGGUUGCGAGGUUCUUGGGAGGAGGAAGCGGCCGGGGAGGAGAUGGAGUGGCUCGACGAGUACGAGAAGCUGGUGAUCCGGAUGAACACGCCGCGGGUGGUCAUCGACAAUGCGGUCUGCCCCACGGCCACGCUCGUGCAGGUGGACAGCGCGAGGAAGCGAGGGGUGCUGCUCGAGGCCGUGCAGGUGCUGGCCGACCUCGACCUGUCCAUCAACAAGGCCUACAUCUCCUCCGACGGGCGGUGGUUCAUGGACGUCUUCCACGUCACCGACCGCCUCGGCCGCAAGCUCACCGACGACAGCGUCAUCACCUACAUCGAGCAGUCGCUGGGGACGUGGAACGGGCCCGCGCGGCCGGCGGCUCUCGAGGGCCUGACGGCGCUGGAGCUCACGGGCGCGGACCGCACGGGGCUCCUCUCCGAGGUCUUCGCCGUGCUCGCCGACAUGGAGUGCAGCGUCGUGGAGGCCCGCGCGUGGACGCACCGCGGCCGCCUCGCCUGCGUCGUGUUCCUCCGCGGCGAGGACGCGGACGCCGGCCGGGUGGCGCGCAUCCUCGCCCGCCUCGGCCACCUCCUCCGCGGGGACGCGGGGGCGCCGGGAGCGGUGGCCGCGGUGCCCGCCGCGGGCGUCGCGCACGCCGACCGCCGCCUCCACCAGCUCAUGGCCGCGGACCGGGACCAGGACCGCGCGUUCCCGACGCCGGCCGUGUCCGUCGACAGCUGGGCGGAGCGCGGGUACUCCGUGGUCACCGUGCAGUGCCGCGACCGCCCCAAGCUGCUCUUCGACGUCGUGUGCACGCUGCACGACAUGGACUACGUCGUCUUCCACGGCACCGUCGAUACUACCGGCGAUCAGGCCCGCCAGGAGUUCUACAUCCGGCACGCCGACGGGAGCCCCAUCCGCUCCGAGGCCGAGAGGGAGAGGGUGUGCCAGUGCCUCCAAGCCGCCAUCGAACGGAGAUCACUCGAGGGCGUGAGACUUGAGCUGUGCACGCCGGACCGGCCAGGCCUCCUGUCCGACGUGACGCGAACGUUCCGGGAGAACGGGCUGCUCGUAGCUCAGGCGGAGGUGUCGACCAAGGGCGACCUGGCCUCCAACGUGUUCUACGUCACCGACGCCGCCGGCAACGCGGUGGACCAGUGCGACAUCGACGCCGUCAGGGAGAGGGUCGGCACGGACCGCCUUGUCGUGAGGGAGGAGCCCCGGCCGCAGCUCUACCAGAAGGCCGCGCCGGGCGAGCGGGACCACGGCGUCGGCGGCCUUGGGCUGGUCUACCUCGGCAACCUCGUCAAGAGGAACCUCUACAACCUCGGCCUCAUCAAGUCCUGCUCGUGAGGCGGCGAACACUGUCAAAAUCCAAGAACAGCACACGGUUCACUGGGGCCACUGCUUCUUUCUGCCGUCGAGGCCAUGCCAUUGCUGUACAUAGAAGAUUCCCAACGACAAAGUGAAGCUGCGAAAGAAGGGGUGGUGGUGUCUCUGAAUGCUCAAGCAGGGUGAAAAGCUCAGCUCAGCCAUGUCAGAUUCAGAGAACCAGAGGUUCAUCAGAUCCAGAAGCCGCGACCGACGCCACGCCAUUGGGAGGAGCAGGAUGAUGAUGGUAGAUGAUAGCAGUAGGAAUUUCUGUAGCCAUGUACAUAGACAAAUUCGUUGCUGUCCGUACUAGCAGUAGCGUGUAGCUGCAGUGAGUGUGCAUUCAUCGUGUCCCUGGGCGCAGGGGCCGGACCAUUUGUGAUCUGCAAUUCUGUACCUUCACCGCCGCUCCUGUCAAAAACAGCAUUCUUUGGGUUCGUUAAGCUUUGCCUCUUUUUGUC